AUGGGCCGCGGCUGCGGAGCGAGGAGGGAGAGCGGCCGAGAAAUCGAGAGACGGAGACUGGGAGAGACCCCAAGCGCGCGAGAAAUAAAGCCAGGGGCGGCCAGAGAGAGGCGGCAGGAGAGAGAAACAGACCCAAGGGAGCCAGGCAGAGAGCCAGAGACACAGAGAGGCGAGAGGGGGAGAAAGAGGGGGAGAGCGAGCGAGCGAGCGAGCGAGGCGGCGCGCAGAUCGAGACAGACUGCGCGGGAGAGAGGACCGCGCGAGCAGGGGCGAGGGGCAGCACGGCCGAGCCCGGCCGCGCGGAGCCGCCCCCGCCGCUGCCCACCUGCCCCGCCCGGGCUCCACACGGCGCGGGCGGCUGGGCUCGCUCCCGGCCCGCAGUCCCGGCCGCUGCCCCCGCCCUCCCGGCAGCCCGGCCCCCUCCCUCCUUCCCUUCCCCCUCCUCCCGUCUUCCCGCCGCCCGGGGAGGCUUCGGGGCUCCGGCCCGGCCGGCACCUUCUCUGCGAGCAAGCGCCCGCUAGCAGCGCGACCCUUGGGAGGGAGCGAGGGCUGCGAGCUGCGCGCCCGGCCGGGGAGGGCUGCAAGCUGCGCGCCCGGCCGGGGAGGGCAGCGUCGCCCCCCGCGCCGGCGCCCGGGCCCCGGCACCCCCGCGCGGGCCCCCGGCUGCUGUCCCGGGAAGGCGGCCCCGCGAGCCGCCGCAGCCCGCUGGGGCUCGGGACUAGACGAGCCUCCGGCUCCGACAAUGUGCCAGUUCAGAAGCCCGCGCGGCUGGUCCCCAGCCCCGACCGGUCCCGCUCUGCCCCUCCCCGUCCCUGCCAGGCUCGGACCUGCGCCGCCCGCGAGGGCUGGAAGGCACUAGAAGCGCCGCCGGGGCUGCCCAGAGGCCAGGUCCCCGCUCCACUUUGCGCAAACUUGUUUUUCUAAGGUCAGCGCUGCGAGCUGGCUACAUCGUCCUCUUAAGGUGGACUGGGGAAGUUGCGGCCGACCUCCCCUCGCCUCCGGAUUCCGGCCGCGCGGCUACUCCCCUCUUCCCACUGGCGAGAGGCUGGAGGCGGCGAAGGAGUCGGGGAGUGGAGGCGCGGGGGUGGGGAGGUGUCUGCCUUUUAACCCUCCCCAAGAGGUCGUGCCUCUGAGCCCCAAAGCUGAAGCCCCCUCUUGGGGGUGGGUGCGGGCCGGAGGGGCCCGAUCCUUUCAGAGCCGGGCCGAGGUGAAGGAAAAGAAGGAACUUCUGAUUGGGACCAUGCCCUCUGGGUAGCAGUUGGCCACAACAGCCUUCAUGCUGCCACUGCUGCUGGAGCAAGGAGGGAAGUGGAUUGGAAAGUCUCCCAGAGCCCUUUGGACUGUACCUGAUGGGAGCCUCACAGCCGUGCCAUACCUAUUGUACAGGACACUUGGGCCCUGUGUCUGGCUGCUGGCACAUGAGUCUCUGCUUGAGGGUUUAUCUGGCACUGGACCCUGCUCACCAGGAAUUGAUGCCUCCUGGGAGCAUCCUCCAACCAAUUACUCUACGAAUUGGCAUUGAGAUCCUCCAGCCUCCUACCCUUGAAGUGGGCAACUCUGAGGCACGCUCAGUGCCGUCUCGCAGAACUCCCAGCAGGACUGAGCUCCCGUGGCCCAUGGUGCUAACUGGCUUUCUAAUAAACAUUUUAUCAGCCUUCUUCCUUUCCCUGUCUCACUUCCCUCUCCCUCCUCCCCAUAUCAGUGCUUCCUGGGGUCCCAUCUCAAAUAAGAUUGGAUCCUCGGCUCAAGGUUUGCUUCUUAGGGAACCCAAACUGAGACUUUUUUCACUCUUUUCUUCCCUGCAGCCACCACCCACCUGAAUUCCCCCACAGGCUUUGUCUGCACUCUUUGCCCUCUAAUCCAUUGGCCACACUUGUCCUCAGAGUGGCCUUUUAUGUUUUGCCCCACUCCCUAUGUGGCUGAUUUCCCCUGGCCUCCACGCUGAAGUCAGCCCAGCAUUCAAGGCUCUGUAUGUUUCUCCCCUGUCAACCUCUCCGUAUCUUUUUGAAGUAUGACUCUCAUCCUAUGCUUAGGCCAUACGGACCUAUCUCAUCUGUCUCUGCCUUUGCACGUGCUGUUCCACCUGCCUGAUGUGCCCUUCCCUAUGCUGGUCAUUCAGAAACCUUCUACUCAUCCAGCAAGACCCAUCUCAGAAGUCACCUUCUCUGUGAGGCCUACCUAGAUCAUCCUAGAUAUUGACAACCUCUCCCUUCUUUUUUGCCCCAUUUGUAUAUUAUUUUUCCCUUGUAUCCAAUACUUAUAUUACUUUAUUGUAAUUAUGUGUUUGUAUUCUGUCUCCCCAACAGGACUGUGAGCUCCUUAAGAGCAGGAUCAGUCCUAUUCUCUCUCACCCCAGGGCCUGCCUAGCACUGACUCUGGGACAAAUUAAGUCCCCAGUGAAUACAGGUGUCUCUUGCUAUCCAAAUUUUCCUAUAUACUCAAAACCUAGAAACAAAAUAGGUUAGGACAACAUGGCGUCCCACAUGAUUCUGAGUCCAUUGUCCAAUACCCGCUACCUGAAUUUAGGAGUUCUAUGGAUUUGGAUGGCAAGAGAUACUUGUAUAUGAAUGAAUUAAUUACUUAAUGAAUGAGGGCAUUCAAAGCUGAGAGCGUUCAUCAACUCUGGGCACAGACCUGCGUGAAGUUGGUGGAGAGGAGGGAAGGAGGGAACAUGGAGAUGCCAAGCCAGAGCCAAGAAAGUUGUUUUGCUUUGGAAUAUAUUAUUUUUGCAGGUUGCUAUAGUUACCGCUGUGAAAUUAAAAAUUAAAACCUUGUGAAA